AUGCAAUUGCCGGUUCUCAGCUGCACUUUCCUCACGCUGUCAGAGCGUGAGGAAAGUACUGCUGAGAACCGGCAGUUGUCAGAGCAGGGAUCGGCACCAAUCAUCAGGGCACUAAUGAUCAGUGCCCUGAUGAUCGGUGCCCAGCAGUGCCUCCCACCAGUUCCGCCCACCUAUGCCCAGCAGUGCACCCUCCUGUGUCCAGCAGUGCGCCCACCUGUGCCACCCAGCAGUGCCACCUACCUGUGCCCAGUACAGUGCUGCCAGUCAGUGCCCAGCGGUUGUGCCAGUCAGUGCCCAGCAGUUGCGCCAGUCAGUGCCCAGCAGUGAUGCCAGUCAGUGCCGCCUAUCCGUGA